UUAUUGAGUUAAAUAUCGGGUAUUUUGAUAAUUGAUUAAUUAGUUUGAGGUUUGUUUUCAGAAAAAAGUCUAAAUUAUCUGUUUUCUGCCCGUUAAAUGUGAAUAUUUUCUGUUUUCUUUCCUCCUAUAUGACAGUAAAAUGAAUGUUUUUGUGAUGUAAACAAACACUGAUUGAUAUUAUUCACAAUUUUCUGACGUUUCAUUCCCCAAACGACCAAUUGACUACUUGAGAAGAGAGUGGACAGAUUAAUCAACAGGGAAGAUAGAUGGAUGGAUAGAUAGAUACAUGGAUGGAUGGAUGGAUGGAUAGAUAGAUACAUGGAUGGAUACAUGGAUGGAUGGAUAGAUAGAUACAUGGAUGGAUGGAUGGAUAGAUACAUGGAUGGAUGGAUAGAUACAUGGAUGGAUGGAUAGAUAGAUACAUGGAUGGAUAGAUACAUGGAUGGAUGGAUGGAUAGAUACAUGGAUGGAUGGAUAGAUAGAUACAUGGAUGGAUACAUGGAUGGAUGGAUAGAUAGAUACAUGGAUGGAUGGAUGGAUAGAUACAUGGAUGGAUGGAUAGAUACAUGGAUGGAUGGAUAGAUAGAUACAUGGAUGGAUAGAUACAUGGAUGGAUGGAUGGAUAGAUACAUGGAUGGAUGGAUAGAUAGAUACAUGGAUGGAUGGAUGGAUAGAUACAUGGAUGGAUGGAUGGAUAGAUAGAUACAUGGAUGGAUGGAUGGAUAGAUACAUGGAUGGAUGGAUGGAUAGAUACAUGGAUGGAUGGAUGGAUAGAUAGAUACAUGGAUGGAUGGAUGGAUAGAUACAUGGAUGGAUGGAUGAUAGAUAGAUAGAUACAUGGAUGGAUGGAUGGAUAGAUAGAUAGAUACAUGGAUGGAUGGAUAGAUGGAUGCAUGGAUGGAUGGAUGGAUAGAUGAUGGAUGGAUAGAUACAUGGAUGGAUGGAUGAUUGAUGGAUAAAUAGACAAUAGAUGGACAGAUAGAUGGAUAGACAGAUACAUGGAUGGAUGGAUAGAUGAACAGAUGGAUGGAUAGAUGAAUAGAUAGAUAGAUGGAUAGAUGCUUCAUUAAUUCUGAGGGAAAUUCAGAACAUCUUCCUCGUCAUUUGCAGCCCUACCAAGCGAACCGUGUAUUGAUUGUUAAUAAUCUGUAUUGCCUCACGUUGUCACCCAUGUAUCUGUUCACUGAAGCCCGUUCUCCAAUGCUGUUUUCUCCUCUCUACCACAUUGACCGCCGCUUGCUCCCAACAAUGUUGAUGUUGACCAGGAACCUGCUGGUCCCCAGGUGUACCUGCUGAGUAUGAGCCUGACUACAGAGCCCUCUAACGAUGGUCCCACUGUUACAGAAGAGAACAAAAUGACCGCAGUCGAGAAGAAGGACAAGAAGCCAGAUGACGUGCCGGAGGAAGAGGAGGAAGAGGAAGAGUACGUGGUGGAAAAGGUCCUGAAUCGGCGAGUGGUGAAAGGCAGAGUAGAGUACCUCCUCAAGUGGAAAGGCUUCUCUGAUGAAGACAACACGUGGGAGCCUGAGGACAACUUGGAUUGUCCAGAUUUGAUUGCAGAAUUCCUGCAGUCCCAGAAAACGGCGAACGACGGAAAGAGGAAGGCAGCCGGAGACGGAGAAGGAGAUGAAAGUAAAUCAAAGAAGAAAAAAGAUGAUACAGAGAAGCUGAGGGGCUUCGCUCGAGGUCUGGAUCCAGAAAGGAUUAUUGGUGCCACAGAUUCCACAGGAGAGCUCAUGUUCCUCAUGAAAUGGAAAAAUUCCGAUGAAGCCGACCUUGUGCCGGCCAAAGAGGCCAACGUGAAGUGUCCGCAGGUGGUCAUCUCCUUCUACGAAGAGAGACUCACCUGGCACUCGUAUCCGUCAGAGGAUGAGAAAAAGGACGACAAAAACUAACGGCGGGCGAAGGGGAAAGGGGAAAGGAAACUGUAGUUUUGAAUUUCAUUGUACUUUCAGCGGGGGUUUUGACGGCGGGAGGGCAUGAAGGGGGGCCGAGACAAGCAAGACACCAUCGGACUCAUUUGUCUUUUAGUGUAGUAUCACUCAUCUGAUUCUACUUUUAUCUGGAUAUAAACUAAAUGUAUAUAUGCUUCAGGUUCGCUCCAAUGAAAUGUAAAGCGGCGCAGUGUUAAUUUUCAGUAUCCACUCCGCUCUCAUUUCACAGCUCGGUCAGUGCUCGGUCAUCUUGCUAUGACAUCGUAUCAGUGAGGUGAUGUUUUUAUUUCUUUACAGUGCCAUUUUUAAAAGAAGAAAAAAAAAAGAAGAGAAAACCUUGGUGCUUUCAAAGGCAAAACUGUACAUUAUUAGCCGUUUCAAUCAUGCCCGUUUGGUGUACGGAUACGAUUUCUGUGCUUAAUUUGUCCACUAGUAAUCUUUGUAGUGUUUUUCAUUAUGUCUUGCUUGUCGGUUUUGGAGAAUAAACCACUUUUUGUUACA